UCAUUGUCAAUAAUAAUUUAUUCUUAACUGACUUGCCUAGUUAAAUAAAGGUUAAAUUAAAAAACAACUCCCGAGCGCUGAAAAAAAUGAAGGAACAAGCGAUAUUUAUAACUAGUUCAUCAAGGGAGUUAAUCAGUCUUUUACAGUGGGAGUAAAUAAAGCACAGUGGGCAGAACAAACAAGGAGUUGGGCAAAGCCAAGCACGAGCUCACGAGAUCCUAUUGGCUCGUUGUAGCAUGUAUUUGCAUAUCUUAAAACUUUGACAUAGCCUCAAGUCUAUGAAACUUAGUGCACUGUGUUCGUAAAAUAUUUUAGUUUUGGGAACAGAAUUUUUUUUUGAGAUCAGAUGUUUAAUCGAUGAGAAAAUUACCUGAAUGUCGGCCCAGUUUUACCUAGUUCCAUCCUCUCUCACUACCCGCGACUGGACUUCCUCUCACUACCAUAUUUGGUGUUGAGAAAACGUUCUGAACGGACGCUUCAGCUUUAUAGCCCCUAUGACGUGCCUGGGUUAACCCUUCGUUUGCGCCAUAAACAUCUAUUUGACUUCAAAGUAUUGCAUUCUGGGAACCGAUGUUAUUUUAUCCCGCGUCUUUUCUGUUCUCUAACGACUUGUCCAUUAGAAGAGAACACUACUUCCCAUAAUGCAAAUGUAAUUUUUUUUUUCUCUCCCCCCCCCAGUCAAAGUUGGUCCGUCUGCUGUGAAAUGAAAUUGGAAAAUGAGAGCAGCGAAAGGAGUAACCGAGGAGAUCAAAUUUAAAAUAUUGCACAUUGACAUCAAAUAUGCGACAGUACCGCAGUUGUAUUAUCGACGGUUCGUUAUGACAGACGUUGCACGGUGUUCUGUCUUGCUCCGUUUUUGUUGUUAGCUAUAUGGACGUUGAACUAGCUGGCUAGCCACCUCCCUGUCACGAGCAACGCCGGGGUGUAUUCUUGGUUUAGACUUCGGUUCAUCACCGUACUGCAGUAUGUUACAGUGGCCGAAAGGAGGGCCAGGGCUCGGUUAUAGCAUUUGAGCGUCACCGCUGUACAAGAGCAUCAGUUCACACCAUUUGUCAACAAUGCACAACUCGUUGCAAGCUAUAAUUAUUGCCAUCUUUUAUGCAAGUUAGCCAGUCAGCAAUUAAUAUUAUGGCACAGUACAGAAAUUAAUAGCCAGUAACAUUUCAGUGCCGUGGUACAAGUGCAGGUGGUGCAUUCCCGAAAAGUGAUAAGGGAUCAUACACGGCAGGAUGGAGCGAGGAGGCAGCAUCCAGCUGGACGUCCCUGACUUUAGCAACUCUGUGCUGUCCCAACUGAACCAGCUGCGUAUGCAGGGGCGGCUGUGCGACAUAGUGGUGAACGUGCAGGGCCAGAGCUUCCGUGCUCACAAGGUUGUGUUGGCUGCCAGCUCCCCUUACUUCCGAGACCACAUGUCACUGGGCCAGAUGAGCACUGUGUCCCUGUCAGUCAUCCGCAACCCCUCGGUGUUCGAUCAGCUCCUCUCAUACUGCUACACCGGGAGGCUGUGCCUGCAGCUGGCCGACAUCAUCAGCUACCUGACGGCUGCCAGCUUCCUGCAGAUGCAGCACAUCAUUGACCGCUGCACGCAGAUCCUGGAGGGCAUCCAUCUAAAGAUCAGCCUGGCGGAGGAGGAGCUGGGGGCCGGAGGGGGGCACAGGGGGGCUGGGAGCUUGGAGGAAAGAGGAGGAGGUGGGGUAGGAACAUCAGGGGGCUCUCUAAGCCCGCGCCACAGCAGCCCCAGGGUUCUGGGCCCUCAAGGAAGCAGAACCCGAGGUGCCAUGGAUAUCCGAGAGGUGGGAAGCCCAGUGGGGGAGUCCAUGAGCCCCCAGAUGGUGGAGCACAGUGGGCUGGGCCCGGAGGGUCUGCCUGGGGGGGUGGAAGUGGGCAGCAGGCUGGGGAAGGAGCCCAUACUGCGCAUCAAUCGGGCCGGCCAGUGGUAUGUGGAGGCAGAGUCGGAGAGGGGGAGCGGCGGUGAAGAGGGGGAGUCAAUGCGGGUGGUGGAUGGCUUGAGGAUAAAGACGGAGAGGAUGGAAGAGUGGACGGGGGCUGAUACCCAGGAAGAAGGGAGCGGGGCGGAAGAGGGAGCAGCCAUGAUGAUUGACACGUCCGGGUGCAGCUCACUGGUGCAGGAGGGUAUUGUCACGGGGGCCAAGAGCUCUCAGCCCUCCAGCAGCUUCAGUGAGACUGAGAGGUUUAGUCCUACUGGCAGUGUGAUGGCAGAGAGACCGAGAGCCAAGAGUGAGUCACCCAGCAGAGUAGACGACCAGUGCCAUCCCAACUCGCAGGGGGAGGAGCAGGCUGUGUUGGGCGGCUACGAGGAGUACCUGCGUGAACAGGUGGCUGACCGCUGGUGCCACUACAACCCUCGACUCACCUGCAUCUACUGCUGCAAGUCCUUCAACCAGAAGGGCAGCCUGGACCGCCACAUGAGGCUGCACAUGGGCAUCACACCUUUCGUGUGCCGCAUCUGCGGCAAGAAAUACACCCGCAAGGACCAGCUCGAGUACCACAUCCGCAAGCACACAGGAAACAAGCCCUUCCAUUGCCACGUCUGCGGGAAGAGCUUCCCCUUCCAGGCCAUCCUCAACCAGCACUUCCGCAAGAACCACCCGGGCUGCGGCCCUCAAGAGGUGACCCACAGCGCCUCCCCAGAGACCACCACUGUCUCCUCCCGGGGGGGGCAGAACGAGGAGGGGUCGCCCAGCCAGGAGGAGCCAGAUGGGGGUGGAGGUGGGGCCUCUUUCAGAGAGGGUGUCCAGGCCUCUGUCUCCACCACUGGGCCUGAUUGACCCAGUGGACCAGGGAGGGUGAUGGUUGGGGUAUAGGAGGACAGGGUAUAGGUUAGGUUAAUGGUUUGUACUCUCCUGCCAGGGGAGGAAAGACAAUGUAUGUUGAAGUUGCUUUAAAAGAAAGGAUGGCAAGGGGGAGUUCAGAAGGUCAAGUCCAUCCAGGGUGGGAUUUUUAUAAGCAUUUUUUUAAAUCCUUCGACUAAACCGCAGGGACAGGAAAACGAAGCAACAGAGUAGUUUGAUAUGGCACUUCGUAAUAUGUCGUUAUUUAUAAAUGAUAUUUCCGCUUUAAACCAUAUCUACCUUCACAAUACAAACAUGAACAGAUUAAGCCAACACAUGAAGUAAUGCCACACACUCCCAAUAACCUCACAACACUGAAUGCAGUGGUUUUUAUUUGACUAUUUUCUUAUGUUAGUUUUAUUAUUUUGUAUAAUAACUACAUACAAUUUCAAUUCUUGCCUUUUGUCUUGAGACAAUCUUGAACAGAUGGGGGUCAGUGAUAAUCAGACUCUUCUUCAUACAUUAUAUGGGCAAUUCCACGGUUACAGAGUCAAUUCUACGGUUACUCAUGGUUUUCACAUAAAAAUGUAUGUCAAACAAAAAGCAAUGGUUGCAAAGUUAAACAAACCAUACACAUUUUUACACAAGGACUACUUUUAACAAUUUCCAAUUUUACAAAAACACAUUUACUUGAGGUAACAAAAACAUUUACUUGAACAGUGCAGAGGCAAAGUUUGGUAACAGAAUGACAGCACCAACAGCACAAACUGUCAUUCUGUUACCAAACUUUGCAUCUGCUCAAGUAAAUGUAUUUUUGUCAAAUGUUCUGUGUAAUUUGUUAAGUAGUCCUUGUACAUAGUUGUAUGGUUUGUUUACAGAGAGAGAGAGAAAAAUCUGAGUCUCAGCAUCACUGUUACGGUGGAAUUGCCCAUGUGCCAGAAUGGCUUAAAAAUGCAAUUCCACAUGAGUAGUAGAUAUGGCCCAGUGAACAAAACCAGUUAAUUUGGUAGAGUAAUGAGUAAAAUUAUGAAAAUAACACUGAUGUCGGUCUUAUGACGAUUUUAUGUCAUGCGUCUUAACACGGCUAAAUGCAUUCAGAAGUAUACCAUUAUUUAAUCAGUGCAACACUUUUACAAUGUAUUAAGAUAUUGGCAAAGGUAAGAGGCCUUUUAAAGAGGACUCUUAUUAAUCCAUAUGUAUUUGACCCAUACCUCCACAUUCUUUAACCAGCUGCUGAAUGCAUACUUCUAUACAGGAACACAGGAAACUCCAUUUUUAUUUAUUUUUUUCUCGUUUUUUUUUAUAACCUCAGAUAAGCUACAAUAAAACUCUUACCUCUCACACAUCACUACGCAAUACAGCUCUGCUCCAAGCAGAUUGGUCGAUGCACUCAGUUGAAUUUUCAGUAUGUUCUCAUUUUUCUAUGUUGUGGUUAACUACCUUUUUUAUAAGUGACUGUUUUUUUUGCAUAAGCGCAUCUUCUGAACAUUUUUAUCUAGCUCUGACAAUGUAUCUGGAGGAUGUAGAGACAAGAUUGUAAUGGAGGACACUCAUAUUGCUAUUGUGGGUGUCCUAAGGAGGAGAGAUGAGACUCUGCAGCUGUUCUGUAGUACCAGCCAAGAGAAAGACUCUUCAGCUGUUCUGUAGUACCAGCCAAGAGAAAGACUCUUCAGCUGUUCUGUAGUACCAGCCAAGAGAAAGACUGCAGCCCACUGAUGCUACAGAUGUCCCAUCACCAAAGGAUAGACAUGCUUGCUACAGUGGAGUGUGUUCCACUGGAAAUCAAUCAUUAAGAGGAGGCAUCCAAAGGAAUUGAGAGGACAAGCCAAGGGUCGUAUUUCCCUCCCUCGCAGGGAGGCCAAAAUAACUACGCCAAGCACUUCAAUUAAGGAGGGGUUUGAAAUAAUGACAUUUUUAAAGAAAUAUGUAAAAGAUAUAUCGCAAAUUCAAUUUAACUUAAAACAUUGUUUUUAGACAGAUAAAGGGUAGCACAGUG